AUGUUUUUGUUUUGUUUGUCUGGAGGCCAACAAAGAUGGCGGAGAAGUUGGACCGAGUGCGAAUUUCGGCGGCCGAACUUCGAAUCCAAGGCGCCGCGGCGUCCAGUGAUACACUUCAGCAAGGUGCGGGCGAGGAAACAACACAACAACGCGGCGGGAAGCUUAAAAGCUUCCAACUUGCUCAGGACAAUCACGCGGCCAAGAAGCAACGACGCCGUCCUGACUUGCAGCGCUACCAGCGAGGCCCAGGACAGGGAUGUCAGCACCGCGACAGCGAGGAGACCGAAAACACUGCAAGCGACCACCGUGGAUCCCUGCCGCCUGACUUGCAAGAAUCAAAACCUAAGAACAUAAAAAAGAACCACCCCAAGCACGCUGACCACAGGAUGCGAGGCGAUGGCAGUAACAUUGCCACUGUCGAAAGCCUCGCCGCUCGUGACAAAGACAUGCCAGAACGCCACCAAGAAAGUCCGGAGCCUGCCGGAGCCGCCAACUCAAAGAAAGCCCGCAAACCCGACCAGGAGUUUUACCAGCCCGGAAGCCGCCGGACCGUGGCGGGGAAAGACUGCGGCAGGGCGCAAGAGCUGGAUAAGCCUCCGCCGAGAAACCACAUAGUCAAACAAAGAGAGGCAAAGGGCAAGAAUCAAGGCGAAAAGAGCACUGAGGAAAAUGCUAAAUUUAUAGAGACGAACGCCAAUGAAGGAUGCCAGGCGGCGGUGGAGGAACUGGUUAGCAAAGUGGAGAAACUCAACUUUGAGGGCAAAGCAUCCCAGCAAGACGAUGACAGAGGCAAAAGCAUGGAUCAGAAAAGGCGCGAGGAUGCCGAGAAGAGGGGCAAUCGUCGCAGAAGAGGCGGCGAGAAGAGCCGGAAUGUUGUCUCGGGUCCCGCUGAGCGGGAGAAAGACAGAAGCCAAGGCAAUGUGGCCAAUCAACCAGUAGAAGCUCACCCAAACAAGGGACGAGAGAGCACCAGAAGAAGCUGCAACAGCAAGAACGGCGGCAGCAGAGAAGCUGGCAGAGGCGCUCCAACGCAAAGGAACAGCGAACGCAAAGGCCAGCGAAGCGAGAGCAGCAAAUGGGACGGCGCCGCAUCCGCCUCUAAACGCUAUUCCGAAUUGGACAUCCGCCGCCCGCGACGACGCACCUAUAGCAGCAGCUCGGCUAGCAGCGCCGCCGGCCCGGAUGCCGCCAGCAGGCCCGACCGUCCCCGGAGAGAAACACGCGGCUUGCGCCGCCACGCCAGCUGGACCUCCUCGGCCGACUCCGCCGAAUGGGGUGAGACCAGCGACGCGGCCGAUUGCGGACGCUCGCACGCCACGGACGGAGCCGGGGACUCCCGUGGCAGGGCCAAGGGGGCUGAAGGCAGAGGGCGAGGAAUCCUCAGGCUCUCCACAGAAAAGAAGCGGGCCGCCUCCGGGGACCGCCAUAAGCACGGGCCGUCCCCUCGAGGCCGAGGCGGGGGUAUCCUGGUGCUGCCGUUGCGCAGUGACAUGGCCAAGCCUCUGGAAUCGGGCCGGCGGAUGCUGUUUGGCAGCGCUCGAGGAGCCGUACCCAGGGCUCGAGGAGGUCGCGGCGGAGGCGCCAGGCGCCUCUGGGACCCCAACAAUCCAGAGCAGAAACCGGCACUGGCUCCUGCUGGUCACCAGUCACUCCCGCAGGCCGUCUACCCGCAGGCCGUCUACCCGCCGGCGGCGUACGCGCAGCUGCACUUUCUGGACACGGAUGACGAAGUAGCGGGGAGCCCUCCAGUGGCGCCCGCCGCAGCCUACUACAAGUUCCAGAAGUCGGACAACCCCUACUGCUGCCAGCCGGCCGCCGCCAACCAACGGUGCCCCUUCCCCUACCAGGUGGCCAACGGAGCGUACGCGCCGGCUCACUUGUACCGAGGUUACGCCCAGGCUGACGGCACCUUGACAAUGGAGGAGGCGGAGCGGCGGGCCAGAGGCGAGCUGGGCCGCAUGCUCCGGGCGGCAGACGCCCAGGAAGUUCAGCUAAGCAACCUGCUGUCCCGAGACAGACUCAGCCCCGACGGCCUGGAGCGCAUGGCCCAGCUCAGGGCGGAGCUGCUGGCCGUGUACGAGCGCGUCGUCCUGAGCGACAUCGAGUUGGCCGACUCGCAGAGCGUGGACCAGGCGCUGUGGAAGAACGUCUUCUACCAGGUCAUCGAGCGCUUUCGCCAGCUGCUAAAGGACGCCGCUGAGCCGCUGGCCAUCCGUGAGGCGCUGCUCGCCCUGCUCAACGAGGGGGCGCACUUUUUUGAGACUCUACUCCAGAAGCUGCAGACGGUCUACCAGUUCAAACUGGAGGACUACAUGGACGGCAUGGCCAUCAGGACUCGGCCGCUGCGCAAAACGGUGAAGUACGCUCUGAUCAGCGCUCAGCGCUGUUUCAUCUGUCAAGGAGACAUCGCUCGCUACCGGGAACAAGCCAGCGACUCUGCCAACUAUGGAAAAGCUCGCAGCUGGUACCUGAAAGCGCAGCAGAUCGCCCCCAAAAAUGGCCGCCCGUACAACCAGCUGGCCCUGCUGGCCGUCUACACUAAGCGCAAGCUGGAUGCCGUCUAUUACUACAUGCGCAGCCUGGCGGCGUCCAAUCCCAUCCUGACGGCCAGGGAGAGCCUGAUGAGCCUGUUCGAGGAGGCCAAGCGCAAGACGGAGCAGCUGGAGCGUCGCAGGAGGCAGGACCAACAGGACGGCAGCUCCUGGGGGCCCGCGGUCCGGGGCCGCGCCAAGCUUGAGGGCGGGGCACGCUCUGAGCUCUGGCUGCGCCCCGGCGGACGCGGCGACUCGGAACAGGAUGGAGAGCUCAGCGGCCUCAGUGCCGGCGACCUCAACAGAAGAUUUACCCUGAGUUUCCUGCACGCCCACGGAAAGCUCUUCACCAAAGUGGGGAUGGAGUCAUUCCCCAGGGUGUUGCGGAGGGUUGUGCAGGAGUUCCGUGCGCUGCUCCAACACCGCCCGUCGUUCCUGGGCAGCACGCAGCUGUUGCAGAUCGUCACCAUCAACAUGUUCACAAUACACAACGCCCUCACUCGAGGCGGUGGUGAAGAAGAAAGCGCAGGAGGAGGAGAGUGUCGCUCGAUGCUGCAGGAGCAGAGUACGGCACUGGGCCUGGCCAUGUUUGCACUGCUGGUGAAACGCUGCACACAGAUGCUCACUGACACUCCGGCAGCCUCCACGUCUGACGUCGAGCGGGAGGAUAAUGAGGACGAGCAGGAGGCCCCACUGAGGGUCUCGGAUUUCUCGGCAGACUUGCGGGAGCUCCUGCCCAGCAUCAAGGUUUGGUCCGACUGGAUGCUCGGACACCCGGACCAGUGGAACCCGCCGCCCCGCGGCAUAGACGACAGCCCAGACGUGUGGCAGUGCCUGGCGUGCCUUUGCAACGUGCUGGCGCGCGUGGAUCACGGCGAGGUGCCGCUCUACAAAGUGGACAUGGACGAGGUGGAGGGCGACGAGGAGCUGAUGCUGCUGCAGCUGAAGGAGGACAGGCUCCUCGCCGGCUUCAUCCCACUACUGGCUGCACCGCAGGAGCCCUGCUACGUGGACCGGCGCACCGACACGGCCAUAGCCGCCGACUGCAAGCGGGUGACGGUGCUCAAGUACUUCUUGGAGGCGCUGUGCGGACAGGAAGAACCUCUGCUUGCCUUCAAGGGCGGCAAAUACGUCUCCGUGGCAGCAGCCCCUCCCUCUCCGGACGCCCGUGCCGGGCGAGACUCGCUAUCGGACAAAGAGGUUGACGAUGUUAUCGUGGAGUCUUCGCCGUCGGCGUCUGAAGGCGAAGAAGACUACAAGGACAAUGCCGACCAGGAGGCGGUGGGCGGAGACGGCGAGAGCGACAUUAGGCAGCUGAAGGCGCGGCACCACGCCCUCACCAACAAACUGGUGCAGCAGCAGAAGCGCCGCCAGAAAAUACAAGCGGUGCUGCAGACCAGCGGGCGGCUGCAGCUGGAGGUGCGACCCCUCUUCCUGGUGCCCGACACUAACGGCUUCAUUGACCACCUGGCGGCGCUCAAGAAGCUCCUCUGCUGCGGAAGCUACAUUGUGGUCGUGCCACUCAUUGUGAUCACGGAGCUGGACGGCCUGGCGAAAGGCCAGGAGGUUUUGGGAGGAGGAGGGCACCCCGUGGUGGCGGCGCAUGCGCACGGUGUGCAGGAGAAGGCUCGCCAGGCCGUGCUGUUCCUGGAGCAGGCCUUUGAGGCGCGCGAGCCGCGAUUGCGGGCGCUCACCAGCAGGGGGACCCAGCUGGAGUCCAUCGCUUUCCGCAGCGAAGACACCUCAGGACAGCAGGGCAACAACGAUGACGUCAUCCUGUCCUGCUGCCUCCACUACUGCCAGGACAAGGCCAAGGACUUCAUGCCUGACCAGAGAAGCGGGGUUACAGUGCGUCUUCAUCGUGAGGUGGUUCUCCUCACUGAUGACCGCAACCUGCGCGUCAAAGCCUUGACGCGCAACGUCCCCGUUCGAGACAUCCCGGCCUUCCUCAACUGGGCCAAAGUGAGCUGAAGGCGCCAGUGGGAUCACCUUUGGCGGGACGGUCGGGAAGGCUCGCCCAUCCCAUCCUCCUCAUCCUCCUCUUCCUCGGGAUGACGUGUGUGCGAGUGUGUGCGCGAGGGGAUGACAGGAGGUGAGUGCGGCCAUUUGACGGCCAAACAACGUAACGGAGCAAUUCGGGCGCACUGCGCCACAGUGGCCUCAAGGCAGAACUGCGCUCCGUUCUGGCUUGCUAGCUAGCCAACUAGCGCAUGCACACACGGGUGUUUCCUGCCCUGGAGGAAGUACUGACUUCACUCAAACGACUUUGAAAAAGUGACGUUUGUGAAUCUUUACCAAAAUGCUAGUUUGGAUUUUGGGCAAAGAUUCUGCUUUGUGUGCAUUUUUAUGUUGGCUUGACGCAAACGCCCACCUGCUUAUAUGUUUCAAGGGGAAACACUCAAGAAUGGCCUCCCACAUUUUGCAAAGGACUGUUUUCUUUUGUUGCUAUUCUCAGGUUACAAUUUCCAAACAACCAAACUGACUCGUGAUGCGUUUCAUUCCAGACAAAUAUUUGGUUUACGUUUCCUAAAAAAAAGAUAACGUUAGUGUUUCUAAUUUGCUUCGUCAUCUCGUGUGCCCGCCGGAGCGUGUCGCUUCUUGAUUUGACUCUGUUUUUUGUAAACAUUUGUGAAACACAAAAUGCAUUCCUGUCAUGUCAUUAAAAACUUCAGGAUGAUA